CACGGGCAUCCCCGACCCCUGGGCACAGCCCUGGACGGACAUGCUCGUGGGCGGACACACGAAGGCAUGCUUGGACGGACAAACGCACCGCCCGACCCAUAGACCCAUCCCUGGACGGACACACAGACAAAGACACACAGGCACACAGAUCCCUGGAUGGACACAUAGACACAAACAUCCCUGGACGGACACACAGACACACACAGAGACGCGUACAUUGCUGGACAAACACAGAGACACACACACACACAUCACUGGACAGCCACAUGCGCGCACACACUCCCCCCCCCCCAGUCUCCUGUCCCACGCCUGGUUUACCCACCACCUCACCAGGUGCUCCUGUGGGUGAUCAGACCCUGGUGGGGCCAUGUUACCUGGAUGGGGAGAGUCAUGGGUGGGGGAUGGUGGAGGCACAGGCUGAGGGGCAUCCAGGACCACCCUGACACCAAAACUUCCCACAGGUGAGGCAGAGCUGGGAGCACACCAUGAGUGGGAGCCCCAAGCCAUGCACCCCACGCACCCCAACACCCAGAACCUCCAGGAAUGCCCCGUGGGAUGGGGCUCAUCCUCCUGGGACUGAUGGCCACCCCAAAAAGGGGCAAACAGAGGCUUGGGGGUCCCAUGUGGGCACAACUCCAGCCCUGCAGCCCCUCAUCCCUCCGUGCAGUCAUGGGGUGCAGAACCAAACCCCUCCUGCUACAGCCACAGAGAGCGACACCUUAUCUGCCACCUUCUGUAAGGCUGGAAAUGUCCCUGAGCCCUCUGUAGCCCCAAGGGGCAGCCAUGGAGUGCAGCAUCAACUCCCCCUCCCAAUGGCUACCAAGAGCCCACCAUCCCCAAGAGUAAUAAUGUCUUCUCUGCCACCUCCUAUAAGGCUGGAAGUGGCCCCAAGUCUCCCAAGGCCCUCCAUGCAGGCAUGGGGUGCAGCACCAACCCACCCUUGUCAAUGACCACCAAGAGCCCACCAACCCAAGAGCAACAAUAUCUUCUCUGCUGCCUCCUGCAAGGCUGGAAGUGACCACUGAGCACCCCAGACCUCUCCAUGCAGCCACUGGGUGCAGCACUAAACCCCCGCCCAAGAACCCACCACCCCAGAGAGUGUCUUCUCCAGAUGGAAGUGACCCCCAAGCCCCCCACGCAGUCACGGGGUGCAGCACCAACUCCUUUUUGCCAAUGGCCACCAAUCCACCACCCCAAGAGCAACGAUGUCUUCUCUGCUUCCUCCUACAAGGCUGGAAGUGACCCCUGAGUCCCCCAGAUCCUUCUGUGCAGCCAUGGGGUGCAGCACCAACCCCCCUGCCAACAGCCACCAAGACCUACCACCCUGAUGACAUCUUCUCUGGUUGUAAGUGGCCACUGAGAUCUACAUGGCCCCAAGGGGCAGCUGGGACCCCCUCUUCCCCUCCCAGCCUCAUGCCCUGGGUGCGCAUUUGGCUUUUCCUGUUUCAGGUUUGCCUGUGAAGCUGAUGAGGAAAUAAGGCAGCGUCACACGCGCCCUCCUGACAGUUGGCCUCGCGAAUGUGGCUGGCGCAGUGAGGAGCACAGCUCUGGCAGCCGAGCAAGAGGGUGCCCAGGGCAGGGGCUCAGCCACCUCCCCAGGAACUAUGUUCUCCCGGAAGAAGCGGGAGUUGAUGAAAACACCUUCCAUCUCCAAGAAAAGCCGGGCAGGAAGCCCCGUCCCACAGACACUGCCGGACCUGUCCCGCAAGGAUUGUCUGGAGGCCCCUGGCUCCAGCCUGGGGGAGCUGCCCUCCACCAGCUCCAAGCUCAGCACCAGCCCCAGCGCCGUGGGCACCCUCAAGCGCCCCACCAGCCUCAGCCGCCAUGCCAGUGCCGCUGGCUUCCCCCUGGCCGCAGUGGGACCCAGGGCUGUGCCCAAGGGCCACAAGACCCCCACAUCCUACAGCCCCGUGGACAGCGGGGAGGGCCUCUUCAUCGACACUGAAGACAUCUCCCAGCUGCUGACGGACGUGGCCCGCUUCGCUGAUGCCCUGGAGAACCUGCGGGAUGUGGUGCUGCGUGAUGACGCCAAGGAGCCCCAGCGGCCACUGGCCCAUGAGUGCCUGGGUGAAACCCUGCGCAUCCUGCGCCAGGUCAUCAACAAGUACCCACUGCUCAACACCCUGGAGACCCUGACGGCCGCCGGGACCCUCAUCUCCAAAGUCAAGGGUUUCCAUUACGAAUCCAACAAUGAGACAGACAAGCGGGAGUUUGAGAAGGCCGUGGAGACAAUUGCAGUGUCCUUCAGCAGCACCGUGUCCGAGUUCCUCAUGGGAGAGGUGGACAGCAGCACCAUCCUCUCCAUCCCACCCAGCGACCAGAACCAGAGUAUGGAGAACCUCUACGGGGGGAUCCCCGGGCCUGGAGCAGACGGCAUGCCUUCGGGCAUGGAAAGCUAUGACACGGGCCGUCCUCCUGCCGAGGAAGUUGAUGUGAUGCUGCAGCGCUGCGAGGGUGGUGUAGAUGCUGCCCUCCAGUAUGCCAAGAACAUCUCCAAGUACAUGAAGGACCUCAUUGGGUAUCUGGAGAAAAGGACCACACUGGAGAUGGAGUUUGCCAAAGGGCUUCAGAAGAUGGCAAACAGCUGCAAGCAAACCAUCAGUCAAGAGACAAACAUGCCCUUCCUGUCCAUCUACCUGCUGGCCCUGGAGCAGGAUAUGGAGCACGGGACGUCGGUUCUGCAGGCUGCCAACACUCUGCAGCACCAAACCUUCCUCCAGCCGCUGACAGUGAGACGCCUCGAACAUGAAAAACGAAGGAAGGAGAUCAAGGAGCAGUGGCACCGGGCGCAGCGGAAGCUGCAAGAGGCAGAGGUCAACCUGCGCAAGGCCAAGCAGAUCUACAUGCAGCGCAGCGAGGAGCACGACAAGGCCAAGUACAUGGCUGUGAAAGCAGAAGAGGAGCAGCAGAACAUGACCAGCGCCAUCACCACCAAAGCCCUGGACAAGAAGAGGCGGCUGGAAGAGGAAGCCAAGAACAAGGCAGAAGAGGCGAUGGCCACGUAUCGGACCUGCGUUGCAGAUGCAAAUACGCAGAAGCAGGAGUUGGAGGAUACCAAGGUGAACUCCUUGAGGCAGAUCCAUGAAUUGAUCAAACAGAGUGACCAGGUCAUCAAGACGGCCACGAUCUCCUUCUACCAGAUCAUGCACAUGCAGACGGCUCCACUGCCUGUCAACUUCCAGACAUUGUGCGAGAGCAGCAAGCUCUAUGACCCCGGGCAGCAGUACGCCUCCCACGUCAGGCAGCUGCAGCGAGGAGAUGAACCUGAAACCCAGUACGACUUUGAGCCCUACGUGUCACACAACACCUGGUCCCCCUUUACUCGAACACGCAAAGGCAGCUUCAAUGCCAAUGACUUCUCAACGAAUGCUGGCUCAGAUGGGGCUGGGAUUCCCAAGGAUGGGAGCAUCUUGGAAGGAGGGGCAGGAGCUAAGGAGCAGCCAAGCAGGGCAGUGGCAGCUGAGCGGAGAGGUGGGAGGGGACACCAGGUCCAUAAAUCCUGGCCAACCUCUGUUACGGAAGCUGACAGCAGCCUGGAUUCAAGCGCAGGUGAAUUCAGCCACAAACUCCAACGGCUGUCUUCCAAUGGCACCAUGUCCUCCAGCGAAGAGCUGGAGGAGAAGGAUGAGAACACCACCCCCUUUGAGCAGAGCAUCAAUGGGAUGACCCCAGAGAUGACAGCUCCAACAGGGCCCUUCCGAAACAUUGGUUUAUCCAAGGCUGCCCAGACUCAUCGGCUGAGGAAGCUCCGUACCCCUUCCAAGUGUCGGGAGUGCAACAGCUAUGUUUACUUCCAGGGAGCAGAAUGCGAGGAGUGCUACCUGGCCUGCCACAAGAAGUGUCUGGAAACCUUGGCGAUCCAAUGUGGGCACAAGAAGCUCCAAGGGAAGCUCCAGCUUUUUGGGCAAGACUUCACAAAGGCUUCUCAGAGCAGCUCAGAUGGAAUCCCCUUCAUCAUCAAGAAGUGCAUUUCAGAGAUUGAGAAGCGGGCACUGAAAACCAAGGGCAUCUACCGAGUUAAUGGUGUCAAGACCCGUGUGGAGAAGCUUUGCCAGGCAUUUGAGAACGGGAAAGAGCUGGUGGAGCUGUCUCAGGCCUCUCCACAUGAUAUCAGCAAUGUCUUGAAGCUCUACCUGAGACAGCUCCCAGAGCCCAUUAUGCCCUUCCGCAUGUACAACGAGCUGAUGGGCCUGGCCAAGGAGAGCUUACAGGGCGUCGAGGCCAAAGGCAAGAGCGGGAAAGGGGGUCCUGAGCUCAUGGACAAAGGAGCUGACACAGACAAGGUGGUGGUGAACCUGGUGCUGAAGCUGAAGGAGCUGCUGAAGGAGCUUCCCUGGGAGAACAUGGCCACACUCCAGUACCUCCUGCAGCACCUGAGAAGGAUCGUGGAAGUGGAACAGGACAACAAGAUGACCUCAAGCAACCUCGGCAUUGUCUUUGGGCCAACACUGAUGCGCCCAAGGCCCACAGAUGCCACUAUUUCCUUGUCCUCGCUGGUUGACUAUCCCCACCAAGCUCGCAUCAUUGAGGCGCUCAUCAUCUUCUAUUCAACCAUCUUUGAGACCAAGGAGACUGCAGCGAUGGGUGACUCGGGCAAAUACACCACAGACAGUAAGGAGGAGCCAGCCAGCUGCUCCGACCUGGCCAGUGCAGGCUCACAGCCUGCAGCUCCCCCCGGCAGCGUCCCCUACCUGGAACUGCCUUCAGAGAAGGGGAAUUUGGAUUACAGCCCUGAUUCGUUCACAGAGUCCGGCGACCGCUCUGUGGACUCAGACUCAGAGCUGGAGGACAGUGCAUAUGGGGGCCCACAAACCCAGCUAACAAAACAGGAGAGCGAGACCAGUACAGACGAAGCUCAGUUCUGCGAUGAGGGGAGCGAGGGGCAGCGGAGCCGGAGCUGCAGCAUGGGCCAGUCAGACGCAGAAGGCAACGCUUUCCACUGCCGCAGCCCAUCAGAAGAGCAAAGUGAUGCAGAGGAAUACCCCGAGAGCCACUUCCCCACCACUGACACAGACAACACAAAGCCAUCCAACAACGCAUCCACACCUGCUACUACCCAAACCCUAGGAGCCAGGCUCAGCGAGCAGCAGCCCCGGUUUAAGUAAGCCACCAAACAAAGCCCCUGUGGAUGCUGGGAUGAAGGAAAGGGACAAAUCCAGACUCUUCCCGGACGCAGCAAUGCAGAAAGUUGGGAUGUUGAGGGGUGGGGAAGGACAGCAAGGAGCUGCAGUCAGCUCAGGGAGGUUGGUGUGGCAGCUGCAGACAUUUCCUUGUUGCAUGGCUGGAGCUUUCACACAAAACCCCUGAGCCCCUUCGCUCCUGAUGCGGAAAAUCGGGUCGGUCUGGGAGCCCCUGCUCAGCCCAGGAAGGACAUUUCUUGGGAAGGAGCUGAGCAGGGCAGACCUUUCACUUGUUCUUGACUGGGAAGGAACCCAGGGCUCUGCCAUGCCCGUGCCAUGUCACAGGCUUAAUUUUUGCUGUGCACCUUAACCCCAUGCCUCUACUGCAGAAAUCAAGGUAGGAGGUUUCAUAGGAUCUAAUCGUCCUCGUGGGACGUGGCUGGAAGGGGAGAAGGGGCUGCCAGCAGGUGACACAGGGAAGAGUUCCCCAACAGCAGGCAGGAGUAUGACACUGCAGUGAGGCAUGGGCACUGCAGGGACAGAUGGACAACACCAAGCACUGUGGAUGCAGGCUGGCUUUGCCAGCCUUGGGAACACCUCAUUGGGAAGGCAACACAGACAGAGGAGCACUGGGUUUGGUGUCACUGGGUAAGAGCCAUCCAUGCAGAGCCAGCCUUGUUUAUAACUGACUGUUCUGGGCACCCAAAGUCCAGACAUGAAUUUGCCUCCUCAGCACUUCGAAGCAACCCAGGACUCACCAGCAAUGCCUUUCCUGACUCUGCUGACAGUGCCUGCACUGCUGCUUGUGUUCAUGGGCAUUUUUCUACUUGGCAGGAGCCACCACAAAGAGCAACUGCAGGCUGCGAGUGAGCACAGGGUCAAGGUUUCCUGGCUGCAGAGUCCUCAGCAUCGCAUGAUCUCUCAGGGUUUCUAGUUUUUGACAGACAUUUGGUCCCCAAAAAAUCUAGGCUGAAGGUCCAGGACCACACCUUGGUGGUCCUGAGAUGGGGCUGGGCACGAAACAGGUCACCCAGGGGAGAUGCCUCCUCUUUCCAGCAGCAUCACAGCUUGAAUUGAGUCGCAGCCCCUGCCCAUGCAAGCAGCUUUUUUGCUUCGUAAAGCUCUAACCCUUCAACGUGAAUCUACUACCUCUGCUGGCAAAGGAACUUAACGGGUUAAACAAGACCAGCCCAAGUAUUUUUUUUAAAGCUACAAGAUUUUUCUGCAUUGAAGCAUAGAAAAACGAGUAGAUUUUAAGCCUAGACAGAGCUGAAAGCCAUUUCCCUCUAUUCCCCUGCUUGUACCUGGGCUGCGUUCUGGUUCCUCGGCCUGGGAGGGCAUGCAGUGAGCAAGGAACAACUACUCCCAGACAGGGAUGGAUGAGCGGGCACCCCACAGGCAGCAACUCGCAGCCCACUGCUUCUAAGACAUCGCACAGAUCCAAAGGUGCUCUCUAAUGAUGAGCCAUACCCUUCCACAGGGAGAUGCUGGAUACCAGCCACCUCUCACUCUGCCCCAGGUCUGAAAAGCCCAUCCCAACCAGACAGUGAGGAGAAGAGAGAGGCAAAUCUCUGGCCAGGGAAGCACGAGUGGUGUUCAGAGCAUCACAGGCACCUCAUUUCUGUAUAACAGGGACAUCAGUAAAUGCCUGAUCCCUCAGAGGAUCAGCACAGGGGGAGCUUGGGCUCCACCACUCCCAAGCUUAUUGGAAACGCAUCCCAGCACAGCAGAUUAAAGAUACACAAACCUCAAUUUAAUUCACAGCCAGAUGGUUUAGAACUGAGCCAAAGAGCCAGAGAUCCCUGUGGGACACUGCUCAACAGCUCUGAACAGGAUGGCUAGAUUGUUCCAGCAAGCCAUUUCCUGGAGGAACAGGGCUAAGCGCCCCAGCUCCCAGCACUGCAGUACCGUGUGUGUGUGUGUGUGCGCGCGCACGCACACGAGAUGGUGAAUGGCGUGUGGAUGUGAGAGAGGAAAGGGACAAAGCUGUGCUGAGCUCUGCGCAGUACCAAGCACCUUCCUGUUUGUUUAUUAACUCAACGUGUUCCAUUAUGGCACACCUGCACUGCUGUAUGAUGCCACGUUAUGUGUUUUGCUGUGUUCGGAUUUAUGUGCUUCCAAAGAAAUAAACAAAACUAGUGUGUUCCAGUCUGUGACUGUCCCAGAGACCAGAGUUUUCCAGACUCUACGGCUGCAGGAGGCUGAAGGAAUACUGAGUAUUUCUAGGAAGUAAAACAAAGUUCAAAAACCUGAAAAGGAUUGAAAUGGAAGUGACUGGGGGGUCGUGAGUGACUCACCAUGGCU